AUGGGAAACAUAGCUUUGUGGUUGAUGGUGGUGGUAGGGCAGCAAACAUGUGCAGGGAGAUAUGUGUCCACCCUUCACUUGGCUGGUGGAACAUCGCGAGAUUUCGGGUUCGAUGACCAAUACCACGACAUUUUGGAAGUGAAUAAGACGAGCUACGAGAAAUGCAGAGAGAAAAACUUCUUGAAAAACAUUACUAAGCGCAGCUCUGCUAUUUUUACACUCUUGGAAGCAAAAACUUAUUAUUACUUAAGUGACAAUGGACACUGCGUCCAUGGCAUGAAGCUUGCUGCGGACGUGCAAGAUCUUCCAUCUCCACCAGGUCCUCAGGUUUCUUCACGGCGUGUUAUAACUGAAAAGUCCUCUAAAAAAGAGGGUUGGAUUGCAUUCUCCACAAUGAUUGUCAUUUUUAUAAUGUUUUUCACCUGA